GGGAGGAACCGGAAUCUCUCCUUCUCUUCGACCUCGCUACCUCCCAUCUCCUCCUCCUCCUCCUCCUCCUCCUCCUCAUUCAAAAGGCAUCGCCAGCUAUCAGCUAGCGAGCACAGCCAGCAGCAGUCUAGAUACCCCACACGGAGCAACACCCACCGCAAUGGCCCCCACUGACUCGUUCAAGCGCGAGAGCGGCACUGCCCGUAUCCUCGGCUCUGGCACUUCGGGUAUCGCCGAGCUGAUCGUCUUCCACCCCGUCGACACCGUGGCCAAGCGCCUCAUGUCCAACCGCUCGCACCUCUCGCUCAGCAACCUCAACCAGGUCAUCUUCCGCAACGCCGCCAACGCCUCCAUCGGUGGCAAGUUUGUCUCCCUCUUCCCAGGUCUCGGCUACGCUGCGGGGUACAAGGUUGCGCAGCGUGUGUACAAGUUCGGCGGCCAGCCAUACUUCCGUGACGUUAUCGACAGCAAGUCUGGCGACUGGUUCCGCAGCACUUUCGGCAAGAAGACGGGCAGCAUGCUCAUGCACGCGACGGCUGGCUCGCUGACUGGUAUCGGUGAGGUCGUCCUCCUUCCCCUCGAUGUCCUCAAGAUCAAGAUGCAGACCAACCCCGACGCGCUCAAGGGCCGUGGCAUUGUCAAGCUCAUCACUGAGGAGGGUCUUGGGUCGCUCUACCGCGGCUGGGGCUGGACCAUGGCCCGUAACGCUCCUGGCUCGUUUGCUCUCUUCGGUGGCUCGGCCGUCACCAAGGAGUACGUCUUCAAGCUCGAGGACUACUCCAAGGCCACCUGGACUCAGAACUUUGUCGCUUCCGUCGCCGGUGCCGUUGCGUCCAUCACUGUUGCCGCUCCUCUUGACGUUGUGAAGACGCGUAUCCAGAACGCCAACUUCAACACCAACGUCUCGGGUGUCACUGUCAUCAAGGAGAUGCUCAAGACUGAGGGUGCGGGCGCGUUCUUCAAGGGUCUUACUCCCAAGAUCCUCGUCGUCGGCCCCAAGCUCGUGUUCUCGUACACGCUUGCCCAGUCGCUCAUCCCCUUCUUCGGCAAGUACGUCUAAGCCGUCGACUAGACGCCAAUCCUCCACCACUCGUCGUAUCUGGGCUUGUUGCUCCUGUUAGGUUCUGUUGCAUACCCCCCCUCCCGUCUGUACUCUAGACAACUGCUGCUCCAUCAUGCAUUGGAUGUUGCGGUUAUGUACAGGAGCGGGAUCCAAUGACGUGGGCGGAUGCGGCUGGCCGUCUGGAUGAUAUGAAUGAUGCAAGCCUCGGGCGAGGUCGGCUUUGAUCCGCACCCUUAGGACCUUACCUC